AUGAACAGGAAUCGUCGUGAUGGACAGCGUGACAUAAAACGCGAUCGUCGCAGCCGUUCGAGGAGUCCGCGAAGAAGUACGGUUUUGAUCAUCUUCACUCCUGAUUCUACAACCUCUUCCUGUCUUUCCUUUCCUCACUUCAAUUUCCUUAAGAUCGUAUUGGCCCCGCUGGAGGUCUGGGCAACAAUGGAAACGCUGCUGCGAACAAUCGCAUGGUCUAUAUCACGAACAUUGCCUAUGAGGCUCGUUGGGUUGAUUUGAAAAACUUGGUCCGCGAGAAGGGAGGCGAAGUGGUGUUCUGCGAGUUGCUCGAGGAUCGCAAUGGCAAGCCGAAAGGCAAUGCUGUGAUCGAAUUUGAGUCUCGUGAGGGUGCCGAGAAAUGCGUCGCCAACCUUCAAAAGUUCGAUUGGAAGGGACGAAGCAUCAUUGCUAAAGAGAUUCGGGUCCGUCUUGUGCCUUUCGUCUCUCCAGCAUCUUAUCUUUUCUGUUUUCUGUAGGAUCCGACCGCGUUCUUCCGUACCAUCAAAGCGGAAACUGGAAUUGAUUAUCUGUCUCGUACCGGCGGUGGUGGUCCAGGCGGGCCACGUGGCGGUCCUGGCAAGGAUCUCGAACGUCCGGCUCGAAGUGGAACGUUUGAUUUGUUCGGUCUCAAUAUGGAGUUCCUUCGUCAGCACAGUAUUGAACCGCCACUCUGUGAACGCAUCUUCAUCGCCAAUGUAGGUUUGAAACUCAUACCCUUUUGGAAGUCUGCUGAAGUCUCCUCUGGCAGUCAACGGUGGGAAGUCUACCCUUUAUCAAACAUCGCACUCAUCCCUUCACCUGUUCAUUUUUCUUAAAAACGUGUUUCAUAUAUCUCCCGGGUUCUACUAUGAUCGUACCAGCUUUCUCCGAUGAAUUCGAGUCUCGGCCAUUAGUUGUAUUGGGUUUUCAUCUUUUCUUAAAUUUCCAUCCCAUUUCCACCCCCAGUUCUAGAUGGUUUAGAAGGCUAGUUCCUCUACAAUAAUCAAAUUUCCAGUUGGCUUUCAAUGUGGGAACCGACAAGCUCUACGAGGUGUUCGGCAUGGCCGGCAAGAUCACCUGGAUGGAUUUCCGCAUUGACAAAGAAGGCAAGACCAAGGUAAUCUGAGACUAGACGUUUUAUUCUUAAUCAAACUUCUGUUUCCAGGGUGUCUGUGUGAUCCAAUACACUCAUCCGAUCGAGGCAGUGCAGGCCAUCUCGAUGUUCAACGGACAACGUCUUUUCGACCGUAAUCUUGUCGUCAAGAUGGAUCGCUUCGAGAAAGAAAACGAAGUGAAAGAAGGCGGUCUUCCCCGCGGACUUGAAGGCAUCGGAAUGGGUCUCGGAGCUGACGGAGCUCCACUUGCCAAUAUCCACGGAAUGUUCCCAGGAGACGCACCACCGGUUAGUGUUAGUAAUUUUUAAAUUACUGAAGAUUUGAAAAUUAACCUGCAUUUUUCAAUAAUAACAUUCCAGUUUUCUGCUCCUUUCGGAGCUGGAGGUCCUCCAGCGGGCGGAGCGUUUGGAGCCGGUGGCCCGCAAACAUUCGGAGGAGGGGCCGGCAUCGAUCAGUCCAAUUUUGCGAGAUCCGUUCUCGGCAACGCACCGUUCGGCGGUUCUGGUGCUGGAUUCGGCGGAGACGUGUUCGGAGCAGCCGGUGGAGUGGGAGUUGGCCCAGCCACUCAACAGCCAUCGAGAGUCAUUUUCAUCCGAAACGUAAGAAACGUUUCUUUUUCGAUUCUAUUGAAAAUUCAAAAAUUUGCAGCUUCCAACCGAUUACACUUGGCAGAUUGUGCGGGACCGAGUUCGUCAGUUCGGCGAGGUGGAUACUGUGGACAUGGUCAAUCCAGGUGCGGCUCGAAUCCGAUUCGCCAGUUUCCAAGAUGCGGACCGCGCUCGCGCCUCGCUGUUUGGAACGACCGUCGAGGGACGCGUGAUCAGUGUGGACUACGCGUAA